AUGAAUUCGAAACACUUCACUACAGUCGGAGGAAGGAGAAGGAAGCAUCUCCAUUUGGAUAUGCCCGAAGCCUUCAUCCCGGAGUCCGCUUGGUUUCAAGUGAUGUUAUACGUGGCAACCGAAUCAUCGGAAGAUCUCUUCCGUAUGGCAUCUGUGUGCCCAUUGUUCCAAACUUUGGCAAACAGUCCACAAGUGUGGAACACCAUUUCAAUGGCAAAGUACCCAUACCAUCCUAGCUGGUACCAUGCCAGGCUUGCAGUCCAGCAUUUCUUGCAACAAUGCAGGGCUUGCGAUAACCCUGAGUCGAUAUUUAGAGAAGCAUUCGAUCUUUUUUUCAGGCACGGUAAGGUGGAAGCGUUGUAUGGGAUGCGCAUUGCAGCCACGGCAGGCCAUAUGGAAGCGGCAUAUGUAGUUGGACUACUUGGUAUGUCCUGA